GACAAAGCAGGCAUGUGUGUGUGUUCCAAAUGGGAUAUACCAAAACGCCCGCUCUAUGUUUGUACAUAACAAACAGGACAGCAACUUGCUGUGAAUAUAGCUUGCAUCCGAGCGACGAGCCCUCCCACGCAAUUACAGAGAUCAAAGAGAAUGUAUAGUUGUAAUGUGUGUGUGUGUGUGGUCACCCAUAAGGCCACACAUUGCUAGGAAUGCACAGGAUAUAGGCGGACUAGUUUCUUAAAAAUAAACACUCUGGAGGAUAUAAAAUAGCUAGAGAGAGGCCCAGCUUGCAAUCUUGUGACGGAAUUAGACUACAUGAUCUUCGAGCAGUGCCUCCAGUGAACUAGUCAUGCAGUUAGCCUUGAACCAUAGCAAAAUGUACGCUCCUGUCCCUGCACAGCAACCAGCGCAGUAUCUACUGCACCCAGUGCCUCCUUUAACGCCUCACCAUCAUCAUCUUCCACUGGGGCUUGCAGCAGGACUAGAGUACACUAACAGACCUCCUCCUCCUCCACCACUUCUGAGCACCAUCGACAACUCCAGCUCUGCUGCGCUCUCCAUUUUAGCUAGAGUUGUAUGCGACGGACAGCAGAGAGUGCUAGAGGUCCAUCAAAGACCUCCUUUCUCUUACAUCACUCUCAUCUCAAUGGCCAUCAAAGGAUCUCCUAGAAAGAAGCUCACCCUAAACGAGAUUUACACAUUCAUAAUGGACAAGUUUCCCUUUUACAGGGAGAACAGGCGAGGCUGGCAGAACUCCAUAAGGCACAACCUCUCGUUAAACGAGUGCUUUGUGAAGGUUGCAAGAGAGAAAGAAGACCCGCCAGGCAAAGGCAACUACUGGACACUCGCUCCUGAGUUUAUGGACGCCAGCCCCGAGCUAUGCGUCAAGCUCAACAGGAGAAGAAGAAACAGGAGAAGAACAAGCAGUACUAGAGAGGAAUCUGCAGAUGGAGAAGCAGAGAGUGACAUUAGUUCCAAGAGACCCUCUUCAACAGGUAGUGCAUAUAGUGAAGGAGAGGACUCCAGUCUUCCUAGUCCCAUUGAGAACUCACCCACGUCCUCAAAUGCAAGUCUACUUACCCCUCCUUGUAGUCCAAACGAUUUUGUCUUCAGUGAAACCGGAGGGCCGGUCACUACCCCCACGUCUCCAUUGAGCGAUCGCUGCAAACGCUUCUCCAUAGCAAGUUUAUUGUCAUAGUUUUUAAUAUUGCACCGUCAUCCUCGGACAUCGCCUAUACACUGCUGUUUAUAAAAUCAGGAGAUUUAUUAUAGAUACUAUAUUCUCUUUCAUUCUCCUUCUAUACCCUCCUCAUCCUCUGUGACUCCUUGGUUGAGUUUAAAACCCUCAUGCUUUAUCCUAUGCUAUAUUUUCUAUGACUCUUGCUUCCCUCUUGCCAUUACCCAUUUUGUGUAAUCACUGCUCUGUAUUUUAGUGCUUUUUGCAUAUAUUACUAUAUAAUAUCACAAAAUUAUGAUUAUCAUUAUUAUUAUUGUUAUUAAUAAUCAAAGCUAGCCAUAUUGUUUGCAAAAUUUCAUAAAUGAAGCUGUUGCUAUCAUAAUUAGAAA